UUGGGUAGGCUUAAGGGCUGGGGCUACGUUCAUGUUCUUGUGGGUCUUGGACCACACAACCUCUCUUUAUAAGGAGCACUUCCUUCUUUGUCUUCUCACUUCAAAGUUUUCAUUUCAGCACGCUAGCUACAUUCCUCUCUCCCAAAAAAAGGAAAAGCAAGUUGAGCUAUAUUUAUAGGCAGCUAGAUAGCUAGUAGCAGUGAAGUGAAAAAUGAAGAUGAGCAGAACAACCAUGGAAGACUCCAAGAAAAAGAUUUCAUGUAGAAGUCUUGGAGGCUACCUUAGAGAACAGAAAGCAAGGCUCUAUAUUAUCAGGAGGUGCAUAGUUAUGCUUCUCUGCUGGCAUGACUAGUGAAUUUUUGGAGUUAUAAUUAUUUCCUAUUUCCGCCACCAUCACCAUCACCAUCAUCAUCCAUUUCCAUGAAGACGAAGCAAAGUAUUGAUCUAUUUCUCUUCUUGGAGCUUGCAUAGAACCAUCGACAAUGCAAGCCUCUCUACUUAUUCUUCCACUUCUACGUCUUCUUUUUCAUGUUUCUUUUACUCAAAUGUAAAUAGAAAAGAGAAGUGCUAUUAUAUUAAGCUUGUUUUCUUA